UUAGGGGUCUGCAUAAUUACAAUCCACGUUCACGUAAUGCGUCUAUUGCUACACAGUACAUACUUCCGUACCAAGGUUUUAUUUUAAAAGUGACGAAUCCUUCGACCAAUUAAACCGACGAAACUUAUAACUGAUAGCGUUCUGGUUUUUACUAUUUGCCCAUUUUGUUUGCCAAACUUCACUAAUCACUAUAAUUAUUUAUAAAUUUAAAAUACAUAGUGACAGUCAAUAACCUAAAGUAGGUAUAUAGGGUGAGAAAUAAAUGUUUUCAAAUAAGAGGUACUAACCUCAAACUGCCGAAGACAAAAAGGUAGAUUAACUGCACAAUGAAUAUCGAAUUACGUAAACUUCCACCAAGUUCCUUGCGAGGACUUGUGCAGAUAUUAGAGUGUAACGAUUCGUGGAAAAUUCUAAUGGACAAAAUCCCAAAGUUACUCGAAAAGGAAAAUUACGAAUGCUCUCUCAGUCUGACCAAUGUGAGAAAGUAUCGUACGGAACAUUUUAAAUUAAUCGAAAAUGCAUCCAAGACCACCGGCCGAGCGUGUACUGAAAUAUUAUUCGACGAAUGGGGUACUUCAGGCCGUAUUCGUCCCGCCUUAGGACACCUGUUGUUCUUACUUACCUCAGUGGAGCUGUUCGCAGCCGCUGACUAUGUUGCCGUUAAAUUACUGAAUAAGGAGCCUCCUGCGCGGCCUUCGGAUGGCCCUCCUGCUCCAGUUGUAAUUCCGACCAUGCCGGAUAAACAGAUUCAGGAAGUAGAAAGGAUAUUAAACGAAAUCAAUUAUCCCAGCUCUGUCAUUUCGAUGCUCAAUAGUAAUUCGGGCGAUGUUAAUGUAAAUCGUAGUAGUGGUAGCAACCAAGUUAUUGUGCCUCCGAAAAUUGUGAUUAGUGAAAUCACAGAUUUCACACCUCUAGUUAUCGAUCGCUCGAGUGAAAGUCGGCGACAGCGUUUGACGCGACAAAAUGCGAGUGCUCCUGUUUCAGAUAUGAUUGUGUUUUCGCAUACUGUGAGAGAAGCAGAAGAGGUAUCAGAUAUGAUUCACUUUUCUCAGACGGUGUCAAGUGCCAGUAAUAUUGUUCCACACAUAUCUGAUUUGAUUGAUUCCGGUUCAAAUAACCAGUCUGAGGAAUCUAAAACUUUAAGCUGUGGGGAUAUCAAUCAGUUGAGCACCAUUUUACCAGAUUUAAGUGCCUUGGAUGUUGGUGCUAAUGCUGCAACUUUACCAAAGGAAGAAAUAAGUUCCGCUAUCCAGUCAAGUGAAAAGGAACAAAACGUACCUGCGCUAAGUGAACUUUUCCCCGAGUCAUCGCCACAAGAGAUUGAAAUUCCAAAUCUAAGCAUAUUGAAUGCGGCCCAACCAAAUCAAUCACAGUCGAGUCAAUCCAUAGUGCCUCAUUUUGACGUUCUACUAUCAGAGCCCAGUAAUCUGUUACCUGUGAUUGACAUAACCGCGACAACCGAUUCGUCAUCCGAAAUCGGUUCGUUGAAUUCAAACAGCGGCUCUAACGCCUCGCACAAUACGAACGUAUCGCAGGGUUCGCAAAGGACGUGCGCCUCGCCGUUACCCAAUUUAAGUCUCAAUACGGUAUUGCCGCAUUUCGCUUACGCCGACAUCGAAGUUGCCACUGAUCACUUUGACACGACACCUUAUGUGGAGGGGGGCAGCGGGCGGUUUCUCGGAUCGGGCGCUUUCGGUUCCGUAUUUCUCGCCUUAAAUAUCGGCAAUAAACCGGUCGCAGUGAAAAAGCUCUUCUUGAAUAACGAGGCUGUUGUAAACAUCGAGGAUCCCGUAACGAAGCAAUUUAGAAACGAGGUGGAAAUUCUAAGCAAGUACAAGCAUGAGAAUUUGCUUUCGAUUAUAGGGUACUCGUGCGAUGGGCCUACGUAUGGUCUACUGUACGAGUUUAUGCCAGGUGGAGCGCUUAAAGAUAGACUUCAGAGUGCAGAUCAAAAACUGAUAUGGACCGAUCGGAUGUAUAUCGCUUUGGGAACAGCAAGGGCAGUUGCCUAUUUGCAUACUGCAUACACAACUCCAUUAAUUCAUCGAGAUAUAAAAUCCGCAAAUAUUCUCUUAGAUGCUAAUAAUAAACCGAGGUUAUGUGAUUUUGGAUUAGUACGAUUACUAACCAGUUCGAACACAAACACAAGUACGACCGCUUUUGGUACAUCCGCCUAUAUGGCCAGAGAAGCGUUUCGAGGAGAUGUCUCUGUAAAAGUAGAUACAUUCAGUUUUGGAGUCGUUUUGCUCGAGCUGAUAACUGGUUUGCCACCUCUAGAUGAAAAUAGGGAAGGUUUAGAUAUUGUCACGCAUGUGGAGGAAGUAUGCGAGGAUAAUUCUGGAACUUUCACGCUCACCGAUACGAAAGCUGGAUCGUGGGUUGCCAAGGGUAAGAAUUUUUCUGAAGAACUGUAUCAGAUCUCGACAAAGUGCCUGGAAGAAAAUAAGAAAAAGAGGCCAACAAUGGUCGAGAUCAGUGAAUCUCUGGCCCAGCUUAUUAAGGAAUCUGCAUAACAAAAGCUAGUUUUUACACUAAGGGCCGUUAGUUUAAGUUGUGAUAGUGAACCAAAUGUCUCAUUAGAGGACCAAGAUACAAAUAUGAUGGAAGAAAUGUAUAAAGAUAUGUUAUCUGUAGAUAAUAGUUUGAAACUGUUGAAUCUUUUAAUUUCUAUUUGCUAUUACAUUCUACAGCUUAA